UUCGCCCCGGUCCACGGCACUCGUCCUCAGAGUGCGGCCCCCCACCGUCGCAUACAGGACAUCUUUGCUUCAUAUUAAUAGUCUUAAUAAGAUUCUGUUACCGAUAAAUAUGUUAACAACUUCGUUAACCGCGUUCAUCGCGGUGUUGGUCGCCACAAGCGCGGAGUCUUCAACGAACACCAAAGAUGGUGGUCCAAUGGCUGAUCUGCCAGAAAACUGGGACCAAACAAAAGAUGAUACACAAUCUUUAUUUUUGAACAAAAGUGACAAAAAUGAUCUGGAACCCUAUCCUCUUGCGCUGAGUGAAGAAGGUAAUUCCGAGGGGUAUGAUCAAACCGUGGAACAGCGUUAUGACUCCCCUCAAUCGACUGGAGAGCUAGACAAUUUAAUUAUGAGGCCAGAGUUAUAUGCUGAACCGCCAGCCAUGGAAGGGUUGUCCGCCGGAUAUGAUUCCCGCCGUCGAAAGCGUGGCAGCGGUACCAAAGUUGGUGGAGCCGGCGCCGCCACAAAGGUCGCAACCAAAAAUGGAUCAGGGAAAAAGAACCUUAAGGCAAAUGAUGCACCGCUUCCGGUGGACUCGGUAAGACAUGAACACGAUACUAACCGUCGUAAGCGUGGUAGUGGCACCAAAGUUAGUGGAGCAGCCGCAUCAGCUAAAACUGCCACGAAAAAUUCCGGAGACAACAAAAAGAACUUCAGACCUAUCUCAGAGCGACGUAAACGAGACUCCGGUUUGAGUGCAGCUGACGUACGAGCUCUUCUCAACUUAUGGGAGGCUCAGGAACGCAGGAAACAGGAAUGGAACGCAAACCAAUGGGCGGAUCGCUAUUACGGCCGGGUCAACUCUCUAGAUGAAGAUCAGCCCGAAGUAGAUGAGAAUGGAGACGUCUGGUACAAUGAACCAGUCGUUUUAGGUGCCCGUGAAAGAGAUUUUCCGAGACAUUCAUACUUCUCAGAACAAAAUCGGAUGGCCGUAGCUCGAGGAUUACCUGAUAUUUAUCAAGUGGACACGAACGAAAUUGCACAGGAGGCCCGCCGUAAACGAAUGUACAUGAACAAGGUUAAACGUUUCAUGGUUGCUCGAAAACGGUCAGACAUGCACCAGAAUAAUUACCGACCUCGCGAUGAUCUAUAUACUCUAGCAGAACUUUUACGUUCGGCACCUCGCGUUCAGGAACAAGACAUACCUGUCUAUCGCCGGCUGAUACUGUAAAGCAGUUUCCCGAAAAAUUCUUAGUACCCAAAAAAUAAUCUGUAAGACAGAAACGUUUUAGGAAAACAUAACAAGGCUUAUCUUCUGUUCCAAAUAUUAAUACGCACACCCCUUGACCUUCAGAUGGAUAUAUAAAAAGAAGUUGGAGCAGGAGAUUGUCUAGCAUUUAUUUCGCAGUGUUAGGAUAUAGUCUAAAUAAUUUAGGGAAUCGCAUUAAUUGUUCGUUUUUAUAAUUUGUUUUCAACUAAAAUUUAAGGCCUAAGAUUAAAAAUAGCCAUUUUAUAGAAGAUGACCCAUGCAGCGAAUCCGUUCGCUGUACCCCUGUACAUUUUUUUUUAACUUUUAUACUCUUUACUUGAUCACACACAAAACUUCUACCUUCUACCUCGGUUCUCCGCAUAUCUAUUAAAUUAUUAAAUCAUCCAUACACUUCUAGUAUUUCAAAUAUAUUACUAAUGUAUAGUGAAGUAUAACUUCACAUUUUAUCGUGCGAAAUGUCUAGAUCUAGAACUUAUGUAUAAAUGAUAUUUAAACUCCUUGAAUUAAAUUAGCAUUACAUGAAA